GUUAAUGAUCAGAUGAUGCAAUGAGUGAGGGUAAAGGCAUAGUAAUCUCAGGGCUUUCGGGCCGCUUUCCUAAUUCUAACAAUGUGGAUGAGUUUUGGGACAACCUUGUUGCUGGAACGGACAUGAUCACUGAUGAGCCGAGAAGGUGGCCUGCUGGAAUAUUUGGUCUGCCGGAGAGAGCUGGACUUCUCCACGACAUAGAUUCCUUUGAUGCCUCCUUCUUCGGGGUCAGUGCCAAGCAGGCCCAUCAGAUGGAUCCUCAGCUCAGAAUUUUACUGGAAGUUGCUUACGAAGCAAUACUUGACUCAGGAUACCACCCGAGCGAGCUAAAAGGUAAGAAGAUAGGUGUGUAUGUAGGCGGAUCCUCCUCUGAAGCUUACGAUGCGUGGUCAUCAAACGCUGACGCCCAAACAGGAUAUGGUUUACUCGGCUGCUGCCGGUGCAUGCUUGCUAACAGAGUAGCCUUCACUUUCGACUUCAGAGGACCCAGUUAUACUCUGGACACUGCCUGCAGUUCCUCCAUGUUCGCUCUGGAUGCUGCUUUCAAAAGUAUCCAGCUUGGAGAGUGUGACAUGGCUCUGGUGGCGGGGGUUAACCUUCUGUUAAAACCUAAUUGUUCCCUAGACUUCCACAGACUUUCUAUGCUUUCCCACGAUGGCUCUUGUAAGGUAUUUGAUGAAGGAGCUAACGGAUAUGUUAGAGCUGAGACAGUUUCUGCAGUAGUUUUAUGUAGGGAAAAUCUCUCCAGAAGAGCCUAUGCGAGAAUUCUUGGCACCCGAACAAACACUGAUGGUUACAAGAGUACUGGGAUAACGUAUCCGAACCAUGAGAUACAGGCUGAGUUGCUGAGCGACCUGUACGAGGCAGCUGGGGUUUCGCCUGACGAUGUGUACUAUCUUGAAAUGCACGGGACUGGAACUCAGGCUGGUGAUACACAAGAGAUGUUGGGAGUUGAGAAGUAUUUCCUGGAUAAUGGGGCCCGAUCCUCUGACGCCCCUCUUUAUGUUGGCAGUGUUAAGAGCAACAUGGGCCACAGUGAGCCUAGUAGUGGGGUGGCAGCCCUUACUAAGAUACUCCUGUCAUACCACUACAAGAAGAUACCAGCCAACAUCAACUUCAACAAACCCAACUCUAAGUUGAAGCCACUCGUUGAUGGAACUGUUGUACCUGUCACAUCGCAUUUAGAGCUACGAUCGGGGGAUAUCAUCGGAAUUAACUCAUUUGGAUUCGGUGGAGCUAAUGCUCAUGUCAUUUUACAGGGAGUAUCGGGAGAUGAGCCACGACCUGUAAACUCGGAGAUUCCCAUCCUUGUUCCGUAUUAUAAUCGGAGACCAGAACAAACCCAGUCAGCGCUGUGUCAGAUUAGAGAUGAGCACGUUACCCAUGACAAACUCAGCUACCUUCACAUGAUAUCUCAGGGUUCUGCUGCAACAAAUGUUACAAGAGGAUUUGUUAUUUUAAACGGAGUAAAGAAAGAACCAAUAGUAGCUGAGAGUAGCCCUGCAGCAGAGAAACGGCCCUUGUGGUUCGUAAUGACUGGUAUGGGGGCACAGUGGCACGAGAUGGGAAAAGACAUGCUCAAAUACGAAACAUUUAGACGGUCAAUAGAAGAGUGUUCCGGAGCGCUAGCCUCUGUUCCAGGAUGUACAAUAGACCUACACCACCUGCUCACCUCCCCCGCAGCCGAGCUGCAGAGUGCAGAGAACGCAUUUGUCGGGCUGUGCGGUCAGAUAGGUCUGGUGGACCUGCUGUGCGAGUUUGGGUUGAAGCCUGAUGGGCUUUUGGGGCACAGUGUAGGGGAACUGGUGUGUGGGUACGCUGACGGCUGUUUGGAUGCCGGACAAACCAUCUUAGCUAGUUACUUCAGAGGAAAGUGUAUUAAAGAUGCAGGAUUAAAAGAAGGAGGAAUGGCAGCUGUAGGCUUGACUUGGAGUGAAGCAGCAAGUGCUUGUCCUUCUGGAGUUGUUCCUGCUUGUCACAAUGCUGAGGACUCGGUAACGAUUUCUGGAGACAAACAAAAAGUUUCAGACCUUGUCCAAAAGCUGGCAGAUGAUGGAGUGUUUGCUAAAAAUGUCAAUUCAUGUGGUGUAGCUUUCCAUUCUCCUUGUCUCGCUCCUGUUGGACCACAAUUGGAAGAAUGCUUGAAACCAGUCAUUCCUCACCCGAAACUCAGAUCUCAAGGUUGGGUGUGUACCUCAAGAAAAGAAUCUGAGUGGGACAAAGCAAAAUACUGCGAUGCUACUUAUCUGUCUAAUAAUCUUGUCAGCCCCGUUUGGUUCCACGAGAGCCUUGCCAAGAUCCCUGAUAAUGCGAUUGUGGUUGAGAUAGCAGCUUGUGGACUCCUACAAUCCAUACUUAAACGAGCCCUACCUACCUGCACAAUACUCCCUCUCAUGAAACGAAAAGAUCCUAAAUGUGUAGAAUUCUUCCUGAACAGCAUUGGAAAACUCUGGAACUUGGGUGUGAACCCUAAGUUUGCUAAGUUUUACGAGGCACCCUCCCUCCCUCUGGUAGAUCUACCUCCCAUGUCUGGUCUGGUGGACUGGGACCACUCUGUCCAGUACAACACGCCCGGGCUCAGUGACUACGGAAGUGGUGCUGGAAGUGGCUCUCAGGUUUCGUACUCGUACAAGAUAGACACAGUCGACUCCUCCAACCCCUACCACACAAUGAAGGAUCACGUGAUUGACAGCAGGAACCUCCUCCCAGCUACAGGUUAUCUCUACCUCGCCUGGAGGUCUAUAGCUACAGCUGUUCACUCUACCGUUGAUAAGUGUCCUAUAACCCUCCAACACAUUACUCUGCACCAGGCUACCAUUCUGUCGACUCUGGGGCCCACUACCAUGACGGUGACACUGAGUCCGGGUUCCAGGAACUUUGAAGUGACAUCAGGUGACAGUCUGGUAGUAAGUGGACAGUACUCACUGGAUGAUGCAGUACCGACUACUAAAGACAACGAGGAGGGGGAUUCAGGAGAUCAGCUCAUUCUUAAACCAGAUGGCAUCUACAAGGAAUUCAGACUGCGGGGCUACGAGUACGGUCCCCUGUAUCAGGGAAUACUCCACUCAACAGAGGGAGGGGAGACUGGUGAACUGAGCUGGUCCGGGGACUGGGUCAGUUUCCUCGACACCAUGUUACAGGUUCAACUGAUCGGUAACAAGAGCCGAGCACUCAGACUUCCUACUAGGAUCCGAGAGUUAAGGAUAAACCCUGUCGAGCAGCCGGGUGUGGGAUGUGACGUGAAGUUUACUGUGAACCACAACACCAAACAGUGCACUGCUGGUGGUGUUUUUAUUUCUGGUCUACACACGACGCUAUCCCAGCGUAGAUCUGACCUAAGGCCAGUAAUGUUAGAGACCUACGAUUUCGCUCCUUAUUACAAGCACGUGACCGCGCAACGUGACGUCACCAACAGCUCACGCGACGUCACUGGUGACGUGACGAAGUUCCCGCACGCGCUGGCUGUGGACAGUGCUCAGCAGUUUAUUGAAACUUCUUCGCUUCGUAACAUGCUUGAUAUUGCUCAAGAAAACAUACUGGGAAUGAACGCUCUUUCUGUUCUUGAAGCGGGAGGAGUCUCUUACUUGAAAAGUUACGUGGAGAAUGUGCUGAACUCAAAUCCUGGCCGCCCCGUCUGCACCUACAACGUCUCUGUAAGCUCGGAACGAGAAAAAGAAAUCACUGAUUACGAGCACCUUACGGAGUCUUUCGUGUGGGACGCACUAUCUCAGCCCACCUCCGACAAAUAUAAUAUCAUCAUGACGUCAUCGACCGUGUGUAACUCUAGGGAGGCGAUGGAUAAUAUUCUAGGCUCAUUGAAAGCUGGAGGUUUCUUGGUCAUGUUGACUCUCGCAGAAGAUAAGUUGGAGACAAGUGAAACUGCAGAAAUAGUCGCCAGUAGAGAUUGUUCGUUUGCAACGCUCUCUCUGAUCAGAAGCAAACAGCAGCAGGAUGAACUGCGCUGCAAGCACAUACAAGUUUCAAGUGAAACGUUCAGUUGGUCAGAAACACUACAGUCAGCUGCAGUAGACGACACAGUAGACAGAAUCUGGCUACAAGGCAACACUUCUACAGGAGUUCAGGGGUUGUGCAACGCUCUUAGACAGGAGGAUUGCGCCCAGAAGAUAAGAUCGUGUCUGUCAUCAGAGAAGUUAUCGAGAGAAGAACUAGCCUCUGUCGUUGAACAUGAUUUAGUGAGCAAUGUUCUCGUUAACGGAGUGUGGGGAACGUACCGUCAUUCCGACGUGACGUCAUCAAAAGCUCACGUGACGUCAUCAGAUAAUAACGUGACGUCACGCUCAGCGUAUGUAGACACGAUUACCCGGGGAGAUUUGUCCUCACUCUCCUGGAUACAAGCUCCUGCCUCUCCCAAAUCCCAGAAUACUAUUACCUGCGAGGUAUCAUUUGCCUCGCUGAACUUCAGAGAUAUAAUGAUAGCAACAGGUAAGCUCCCGCCUGACGCCUUGCCUCUGGAGAUGCAGGGCAGUAACGACUGUGUGCUGGGACUUGAGUUUAGUGGUCACGUGCAGGGAACUAAAUCACGUGUCAUGGGCAUUCUCCCUGUCAAAGCGCUCGCUACUAGAGUGGUUACUCAGCCGGACUUUACUUGGAAGGUACCAGAUAGUUGGAGUUUAGAAGAAGCCGCCUCCGUCCCCGUAGUGUACUGCACAGCUUACUAUUCCCUGAUAACUCGCGGGAGACUCCGACGAGGGGAGAGUGUACUGAUCCACAGUGGUAGUGGCGGUGUUGGACAGGCAGCCAUUUCCAUCUCCCUCAGUCUCGGAUGUGAAGUCUUCACAACCGUAGGAUCGCAACAGAAGAUAGAUUUCUUGAUGUCCAAGUUUCCACAGUUGUCGCGGGAUCACAUUUUGUACUCCCGAAGUGCUAAGUUUGAGGAGGAUAUAAUGAACAUGACGAAGUCUAAGGGUGUUAACGUGGUUCUCAACUCCCUGGCUGGAGAUAAAUUACAGGCGAGUGUACGAUGUCUCAGUCGACACGGCAGAUUCCUUGAGAUUGGAAAGUAUGAUAUGAGCGAGAACAAUCCAAUUGGCCUUGCUAUUUUCCUGAAGAAUGUUUCGUUCCACGGUAUCCUACUGGACGCUCUGUUUGAAGGCAACAACUCUGACUGGGAAGAGGUAAGAGGGUUGCUGGAGGCAGGUAUGAAGUCAGGAGUCGUAAAACCUCUCCCAACAACCUGUUUCCUCAACAACCAGCUAGAGCAGGCCUUCAGAUACAUGGCUCAAGGAAAACACAUAGGAAAAGUUGUUAUCAGCACAACCGACGAUGCGGGUCAGCUUCCUGCAGUCGUGCUUCCUAAGUUCUCCUGUCAACCCAACAAAAGUUACAUUGUAACCGGUGGACUAGGAGGGUUCGGGUUGGAGCUAGUUCAAUGGUUGGCGGAACACGGGGCACGUAACGUGACCGUCACAAGUAGGUCAGGUGCUAAAUCCAGCUACCAGCAGUGGGUGGUGAGCAGACUCAGGGGUAGUGGAGUUAACGUUACUAUAGCAACACACGACACAACCACUGUCCAGGGUGUAGCGGAGAUGUUGGGAGCUACCUCUCAGCCGGUCACUGCCAUAUUCCACCUGGCAGGGAUCCUGAGGGACGGUCUGUUGGAGAGUCUUACAGUUCAGCAGUUUGAGGAGGUGUACCGGGCUAAAGUAGACACAGCACGACAUCUGGACACCCUGUCACGUGACGUUUGUCCUGAGUUGCAACACUUCGUCUGUUUCAGCAGUGUAGUCAGUGGUAGAGGUAACUCUGGGCAGAGCAACUACGCUGCUGCUAACAGCGUGCUGGAGAGGAUAUGCGAGGAGAGAAUGAAGGGUGGGUAUCCUGGACUAGCUAUACAGUGGGGAGCUAUUGGAGACGUUGGGAUGGCGCAUAGUAUGGUGGGUAACGAUGCUAAUAUCGGUGGAACCUAUCCCCAGAGAAUAUGGAAUUGUCUGAGCACCAUGUCUCACGCUAUGACGCUCAGCUCUCCAGUAGUCUCCUCUAUAGUCCUGGCUGACAAAGAAAACCAAGCAAAGGCUGAGGGUGGCAGUGAUCUGGUGGUGGUUGUUGCCAACAUUAUGGGAGCAUCGGAUCCAAGUAAACUCGACCACAACAUUUCCCUCGGUGACCUCGGUCUGGACAGCUUGAUGGGAGUGGAAGUUAAACAGGCCCUGGAGCGGGCUGAAAUCAGACUCUCGAGCAAAGAAAUUAGAGCUCUCACAUUAUCAGACAUCACAAGACUUCAAAGUGGGGAGGAUACUUCUGGUAAAACAGAGACCAAAACGGAAGAAAAGGCAACCGAGUCUCUGGUGGUGUUAAAAACAGUGGCUGGUACUGUACCUCUUUACCUGAUUCACCCUAUCACCCUUGACGUAGAACCUCUGGCAAAUAUAGCUAAGCAUCUAGAUUCAACUGUGAUUGCGGUGCAGUUUACUGAAAAGGCUCCCUUGGAAUCUCUGGAAUCUAUAUCUUCCUUCUACAACUCUGAGAUUAAGAAACAUCGCGGAGAGGGCAAGUUCCGAUUAGGAGGGUAUUCGUUUGGGGCCGUUCUGGCGUUCGAGAUGGCACUUCAAUUUAAAGAAGACGAUCUAUCGCUAAUGGAGUAUCUUGUCCUCAUUGAUGGAUCUCCUAAUUGGGUAAAUGGGCAGAUUGAGGACUACAAGGAGGCAAAUAUCAAGUCGAAGAGGUCUGAAAGUUUGGAUAAGCCUACUGAAACUGUGCUUGGAUUCAUUAGGCGUGCUUUUGGUUCGGAACCUGAAGGACUGUACGAGAAACUGUCAAUUCUUUCUCCUGACAUUGAGGCUCAAGUUAAGGUUGCCAUGUCAGUGCUGAAGGAAAAGAUGCCUGGGAUGCUGACUGCGGAUACAGGGUACAAAAUGCUGUAUUUCUCGAAACUCAUAAUUUUAGCCAUGAACUACUCUCCGACGAGCACCUUCUCUGGUUCCGUCCAUCUCAUCAAAGCUAUUGAUAGUUAUCAGGUGGGAGAAGAUUACGGGCUGAGCAAGGUAUGCUCAGGGAGGAUAAUGGUGGACAGUGUUCAGGGAGACCACGAAACUUGUGUCACCGACCAUGAAGAAGACAUUGCCUCUCUCAUCACCGCUAGGAUGUCUCCCCCUAAAGUUAACACGUUUACUGAUGUGCAGGUUCACACUGGUACUUGAGUCAUUAUAUCUAGAACAUGGUCAGAUAAUGAAUAUUUGUCAGAGCCCAUUCCAGGCUGCUUUUUAUUUUUGAAUUGAGUGAUAUUUUUGCUGACACGAAGUUAGGACUGCAAUUAUAAGAAAAGUACAUCAUUUUACUUUCAGAAGAUAGUGUUAUUGUAAACACAGUUUAUGAUCUCCGUUUAAUGAUUAAUAUGUUAUAUUGGAAUUGGGGCGAAUUUGUUAUUGUAUAAAAUGCAUGCUAUGCAAACCGAAUCUUAAAUUUUGAUAAUUUUUAUAGGAUAUUCAAUACAAGUAGAGAACUGAUAAUUGGUAUUGUUUUAAAUACCAAGAAAAAUACCAGUCAAUAUUUUUGGUGUUAUUUUCAGUACCUCUCAUGUAAACAUGGUAAAGCAUUUUAGUGCUUCUUCCAUCGCUUUUAAAUUUAAGACUGGUAAUCUCUUAAUCUGUAAUCAUAUAUUUCGCUAGUCGUCAAAUAUUAUGGAAAUUUCGGUAUAAAGUUUUCAAUUUGCGACUGCGACGUAGACACCAAUUUAUAUUGGCAAGGCACGUUUUAAGUUUUUUAUAGUAUGAUUUUUGAUGUAAUUCUAUAGCUGCUUACUCGCUUAAAUUAAUUCUAAAA